AUGGCCACGCUUCGCCAAUUCCACGACAAGCACAUCGUGCUACACCCUCACGCAGGAGCCUUCACCUCCGAGCCAGACGCGGCACGAUGGAGCAACAAAGAUCUCGAUCCAGUUCCUGAAGAGAAGAAGACUUGGGAGUGGUGGCAUGUCGGAGGCUUCUGGAUUGCCGAGGGCUUCAAUCCCGCCCAAAUGCAAGUUCCUUCCAGUGCUGUGGCGCUGGGAUUGAAUCCGGGCCUCGCAAUGGUGGCUUGCUUGAUUGGAAAUCUUCUCGUGACUGGACCGGUGUGCAUAGUGGGCUGGCUUGGAAGCAAGUACUCGAUCCCAUUCCCGGUCAUUGCUCGAGCGUCAUAUGGAAUGAUUGGCGCAUACUGGGCCAUGAUCAUCCGCGGCAUAUUCUGCGUCAUUCUAUAUGGCGUUCAAGCGACCCUCGGUGGUAACGCCGUUCGAUGCAUGCUUGAGGCCAUCUGGCCAUCCUUUGCCCACUGGCAUCUGAACAGCCUUCCUAAAAGCGCAGACAUCACGGCCCCCGACCUCCUUUGCUUCGCGCUCUUCUGGAUCGCCUCGUUCCCCUUGCUCUUCGUGCCCAUGUCCUCUUUGCGUUGGCUAUUCGCGGUCAAAAUUGCAAUCAUGCCAUUCUUCUACGUGGCCUUGUUCACGUGGGCGUUGACGGCAGGCCACGGCGUGGGGCCUCUGUUUUCGAUUCCGAACAAGAUCACUAGCGGGUGGUCGAUUGGAUACGUCUUUUGCUCGACGAUUCUGGCCACCAUCGGAGGCAACGCCACCUUUGCGGUCAAUAUGGCGGAUAUCACUCGCUAUGCCAAAAAUCCCCGGAGCUCGGCCAUUGCACAGGCGUUUGCAUUGCCCAUCUGCAUCACGAUGAUUGAAUUGCUCGGAGCACUCAUGGCGGCCACGGCUCAAGUGGUCUACGGCCAAGUUCUCUGGAAUCCCUUGACCAUCAUUCUUCUCUGGGACAAUAGAACCGCCAAGUUCUUUGCCGGCCUGCUCUUCGCAUUCGCGACCAUUGCUACCAAUAUCACCGGAAACAGUAUUCCCUUUGCCCAUGAUAUUGCCGGCAUCUUCCCGAGGUACAUGAACGUUCGACGCGGCCAAGUGCUCUGUGCCAUUCUCGGGUUUGCCAUGAAUCCCUGGGUCAUCCAGGCGCGAGCGGCUCGCUUCUUCAACUUCGUCGGAGGAUACUCGAUCUUCCUGGGCCCCUUGGUUGGAGUCAUCUUGUGCGACUACCUCAUCAUCCGCAAGGCCAAGCCCUACAAUAUAUACCAACUGUACCGACCCAACGGGCUGUACUGGUACUGGAAGGGGUGCAACCUCCGCGCCCUGACGGCGUGGCUGGUCGGCGUGGUCCCGCUCCUGCCCGGCCUGAUCUACAACAUCAACUCCAACAUCAAGAUGGACAAGGGCAUUUUGGAGUUCUACACGCUCGGCUGGCUGGACGGCCUCGUCAUUGCAUCGAUCACGUACUACCUGCUCUGCCUGGCCUUCCCGUUUCCGACAGAGGUGGAAGACGGGACCGUCGUUGUGGUCGGGACCAAAGACGUGGAAUCUCUGCCCGAGGAGUCUCAUCAUCCGCGUGGGGAGAAGUAG